UUUUUUUUUUUUUUUUUUUUUUUCGAUCCUGUUUAUCUGCAUUCUAACUAUCUGGUUUUCUUCACUCUCCUCUCUGUCGUACAUGCUGGUUCUUUUAUGAUUGACGGUUCUCAAUUCAUUUAUGUUGUUCAUGCAUGCAUACAUGGUUCGCUUUGUUCAUCGGUUCAUUGGUAUUUUGCUUCAUUGGUUGAUGGAUGGAGAUGGAUUGGUUGCUUGGUUGCUUGGGUCACUACCUGCCUGCCUACCUGCCUGGCGGGCCGGUGGUUAAUUGGUAGAGAUGCAGAAGGAUGGAUGUACCGUACACAUUGCGAUGCUAGCUAGCCUGGGUAGUAGGGUAUAGUUAGUUAGUUGAUCUUCUUCGAUCUUUCA